CGGAGCUGCGGAUCGGGGCCGGGCGAUGAUCCGGGGCAUGGAGGCGCCGAUGGCGGACAACCCGCCGCAGCCGCCGCCCGUCAUCUUCUGCCACGACUCCCCAAAGCGGGUGCUGGUGUCGGUCAUCAGGACGACCCCGAUCAAGCCCACGUGCGGCGGCGGUGGGGAGCCGGAGCCGCCGCCGCCGCUCAUCCCCACCAGCCCCGGCUUCAGCGACUUCAUGGUGUAUCCGUGGCGCUGGGGCGAGAACGCGCACAACGUGACGCUCAGCCCCGGGGCCGCGGGGGGCGCCGCCUCGGCCGCCUUGCCCGCCGCCGCCGCCGAGCACCCGGGUCUGCGAGGCCGGGGCGCGCCCCCGCCCGCCGCCUCCGCCGCCGCCUCGGGAGGUGAGGACGAGGAGGAAGCGAGCAGUCCGGACAGCGGCCACCUCAAGGAUGGAAUCCGACGUGGUAGACCCAGAGCAGAUACUGUCCGGGAUCUAAUAAAUGAAGGAGAGCAUUCAUCCAGCAGAAUCCGUUGUAACAUCUGUAAUAGGGUGUUUCCACGGGAGAAGUCACUCCAGGCUCACAAAAGGACUCAUACAGGCGAGAGACCCUAUCUGUGUGACUAUCCAGACUGUGGAAAAGCCUUUGUUCAAAGUGGACAGCUCAAAACACAUCAGCGUCUUCACACCGGAGAGAAACCUUUUGUUUGUUCAGAAAAUGGCUGCCUAAGCAGAUUCACCCAUGCAAACCGCCACUGUCCGAAGCACCCUUAUGCCAGGCUGAAACGAGAGGAGCCCACAGACGCCCUCAGUAAGCACCAGGCUGUGGACAACCAGGCUGCUGCCGAGUGGUUGGCAAAGUAUUGGGAAACGAGAGAGCAGCGCGCCCCCACCUUGAAAGGAAAACUCGUUCAGAAGGCCGAUCAGGAGCAGCAGGACCCUCUGGAAUAUCUUCAGUCUGACGAGGAGGACGAUGAGAAGCGCGGUGCCCAGCGCCGGCUGCAGGAGCAGCGGGAGCGCCUGCACGGAGCCCUUGCUCUCAUAGAGCUCGCCAACCUGACUGGAGCGCCACUCCGCCAGUAGCCUGGACACUGACUCUUCCACUGUACAAAAGUACUGCCCAGCGUACUUAAAAAGUAGAUCCUUGGGCAUAAGCUAAGCACCUUAUUUGCUUAUCAUAGGCUGCUAUUCUGUAGAAAUUUAUGAAGAAUGUCAUUGCCCCAUAACAUGGGGUAAGAGAGAAUUGCACUUUUUUUAUAUGGUAAUGGAUUUGUUGUAAAGUUUAAAAUAUUUUGUAAAUAUGGGACUUUUAGUACAGGGUAGAAAAAGACAUAUUGUGGGAAGCUAGAUUUUGCAAGUUUAAUGCAUUCAUUGGAAGCAGUUCUCACAGGAAGCACUUUCUGAAUAAGACACUUAUAUGAAAAAACAGAAUGGUACAUGUAGCCAAAGAACGUUGAAAUAGAUUAUUUAUAAGAUCAUUUUUAACAAUGUAUAUUAGUAUGUUUAACAAUACUGUAAACACUGAAGCAAGCCAGAAAGGAUAAGAUAUGUGUGUAAGAUAUGUAUUUUUAAAUUGCAAAAUAGUGUGCCUAUUGAGAAGUGGAAAACUGACUAUUUUGGAAGAUGUUCUAAGUUAUGGACUUUGGAAGAGAAGAGAUUUUUGAGGAUCUUGGUAAGAUGCACAGUAGUUGAGAAUUUUCAGAAUUGGAGUAAUAUCAGUCUUAUUCUAUCUUUCUGAGGCUUUACAACUCACUAUGAUGUUUAGGUUUGAAAAGCACUUGGCAUCCCUAUUAUGUUAACUUGGGAACUUUUUGCACAUUGCAUAUUUCUCAUUUGCUGAAAUUGAGUGAUUAAUCUUGCAAAGUCUAGGUAACUUGGUAAUUGGUUUUGUUUUGUUUUGUUUUUUAAUAUUAUGGGCCCUGUAAUGAGAUUUGGCACUUGGAUUUUUAUUGAUAAAAGGGACACCUACAGGGUGGUUUUGUAGUGAACUGUUUUAGAUCUUUUGUUAGCAAACACUAAAUUUUAAUUGUACUGCUUGUUUAGAAUUAUUAGCAAAUGGAAGCCUCUUAUUUAUAUUUUCAGUGCAUAAAGCCACCUUCUUGCUUUACUUCAGAAUAACAUGCCAAGCUAUUUUGUGUUCACUAAAUUUAGUUAUCAGUUAAACACUGCAGAAAAUAUUAGCUACUCAAAUAAGUAGGUUUCUGGAAUAGUUUCAACUGCAAGUGUGUUAACUUGUGUGGUGGUUUUAAGCCAUUUUUCCAAAUAGAUGAAGUUUUUAAAUACCACUUUAUAUACUGAAGCAUGAACAGAAAAAUCAAGACCUGAGCAGUUCACCUCCUUUAUGUGUAGGCAUAAACCUCCACCAUUUAAACUUUGUUUAAGCAGAAACUUAAUUUGAUAGAUUGCUUAAUUGGAGUAAACCUCAGAGUAAUAGAGGGAAGUAUGGGCUCUUCAGCGCUUUUUUUUUUCUUUUUGAAGUAGUAGCCUAUGGAUGUAGUUUAAACAUUAUCUAAAAUGUAGGCUUUAUCCAAAAAUUCCAGCGUGUUGCAGUACACAGGUAGUUUAAAAUGUGUAGCCAUGGGGAAGGGGUGGUAUGUAAAUGUCUUGGAAAGAAGCAAAAGUGUGAAAGAUGAUAGUAACAAAUAAUGUGUAUGAAUGAGGACAUACUUUAAAAAUGUAAUUCCUCUGUACAGUAAAUUACAAAUCUUGAGGGAUUCUUUUUUGUAAUAAGAGAAUUUAUAUUUGUAAUGGUCUAAGAAUUUUGUUUGUAAUCUGGUAUAUAGAAUUUUAACUUGCAGCACUUAUAAACACAGUGAGAGACUGUAGCAUCAGAAUUUUCAUGGUUUAGGUUUCAUCAUUUUCUCUAGAAUUUUUCCUCUCAAAUAUAACUUAAAUGAACUAUGAAAAGCAACACUCAUCAGUCUUGGGGAAUUUAAAAUUUGAUGAACUUACCUAAAGAAGGAAGGGCAGUAAAAUUGUAUUAAAAAAUACAAAUACUUCCCAAUUCAUGGAUAAUGAAAUUUAAGGCCUUCAAAAGUAAGGGUUUUUGUUUUUUUCUGGUCAGCCUUUGUCAACUAUAAUAGUUAUAUUCACAAACAUUUUUUAUUUGUAUAAUUGGAAGUUUAAGAAAUUAUUACAAUUACUAUAGAAAUAUUUAAAAUGUUCUUUUUUGAUAUAAGCUAUAUACUUGGAUGAAAUAGAGUGGCAUCUAAAAUUUGAGGUGUGUUAAGACUGCUUUUUGUUUUAAAAAUGUGGUUUACAUUCAAAUUUUUGAAGUGUUUUAUGCUUCAGAUGGCUCAGUUGUAGUUUGGCAGAGAUAACAGCAUAAGAAUAAAGAUGCUGUAAUUUUAAAAGAUGCUUUGAAUAAAAAUUUAUUUUAA